AGCAGCUGAAAGUGACCGGUGUAGGAGCUCCGAGCGGCAUGAGUUUGUUAACGAAGACUUAGCUGAGCAGUGUAUUAGUAAUAAAUGAUGGACUGAAACCAUUUAGCAGCUAAUAUUACCUUCACAUGCGGUCCCAAGAUCAGAUGACAAGCUAAAGUUGCACAUAAUGAUUCAGUUAAGGACAGAGGAAGUAUUGCAGCGUCAGUGUCACGACCAACAGCGAGUAAAUAAAACUAUGUAUUAGUAUCUAAUAAUGAUGUUGCCUCUACCGUCCAUUUAUCGUGGGAUAUGGAGAGCUGCUGUCCACUCACUUAGGACAAGAGGAACUCCACCCUCUCGACUCCUGUCCACCUGUGAUGGAAACCCAGCUGGACUGACUGAUGCUGACACCAUCUUUGCGUUGUCAUCAGGUCAUGGAAGGUGUGGGGUGGCGGUGGUACGCAUCAGUGGUCCUGCAUCAGCUGCAGCUCUGAGGUGUAUGGCUGGUCUCACACACAACCUGCCGCCUCCACGCACUGCUCUGCUGCGUAGCAUCACAGACCCCCGGUCCAAAGAAGUGCUGGACCGUGGACUUGUCCUGUGGUUCCCAGCUCCUCAUAGUUUCUCCGGAGAAGACAGCGUGGAGUUCCACAUCCAUGGUGGUCCUGCUGUCAUUACUGCUGUCUUACAGGCUCUAGGAAGCGUGCCUGGCAUGAGGCCUGCUGAAGCGGGGGAGUUCACGCGGAGGGCCUUUCAAGCAGGCAAACUGGGUUUAACAGAGGUGGAAGGCCUUGGGGAUCUGAUCCAUGCAGAGACAGAGGCCCAGAGGAGACAGGCUCUGAGACAGAUGUCAGGAGAACUGGGACGCCUCUACCAGGACUGGAGUCACAGACUGAAACGGAGUCUGGCCCACGUGGAGGCCUUCAUAGACUUCAGUGAGGAUGAGCUCAUAGAGGACGGGGUGUUAAACCAAGUGGACAGGUCGCUGUGUGAUCUGCAGGCAGAGAUGGAGCGACACCUCAAGGAUGAGAGGAGGGGCGAGCGGCUUCGCAGCGGAGUCCAGGUGGUCAUUGCAGGAGCCACCAACGCAGGGAAAAGUAGCCUCCUUAACGCACUCUGCCAGAGACCUGCAGCCAUUGUGUCUCCCAUCGCUGGGACCACCAGAGACGUAGUGGAGACGGCCCUGGACAUCGGCGGCUUCCCCGUCCUCCUGAGUGACACAGCAGGCCUCAGAGACAGCCCCGACCUGGUGGAGAGAGAGGGUGUCCGCCGGGCUCGGGAAAGGGUGGAGCAGGCUGAUCUGACGCUGGUGGUUGUGGACUGUGCUGGUCUCCUGUCUGAGCACCAGCAAGCUGCAGGCUUCCUUCAGGAACACCUGAGGAGUGUGCUGGCAUCUGAGGAGCAGCCUGGCACAGACAGGUGUCUCCUGGUGCUGAAUAAGACUGAUCUGCUGCCUGAGAAGCAGAGACAGAAGCUGGACUUGGAGCUGAGAGGAGUCUCUGGACUCCCUCCUGUCUGUCUGAUAUCCUGCCAGACUAAAGAAGGACUGAAGGACUUCCUCACAGUGCUGCACAGCAAAGUUAAGACUCUGUGUGGCGACCCUCUGUCUGGUGCCCCCACCCUGACCCAGGCUCGCCACAGGGCCCACCUGCAGCAGUGUGUUGCGGCCCUAUAUCAGUAUCAGCGGUACCGCGACACUGACCUGGCUCUGGCGGCCGAGGGCGUCCGAUUAGCUCUCACCAGCCUGGGCCGGAUCACUGGGCGUGUCGGGGCAGAGGAGAUCCUGGAUAUCAUCUUCAAAGACUUCUGCAUUGGAAAAUAGUCAAGUAGGAGUGAAAAUGCUCAGAGAGGAAGGCAUUACUGCAUUUUUGCAGUUUCAGUUCAGAAAACGGGCAAAAUGGCCCAGGUUUGGCAUUGCGCCAUGUUUUGAGGAACAAACAACAGUAGAAAGAACCAAAUUAAUGUUUUUGGCAGCAGAACACUCCCAAGAUACAAAAAUGUCUGUUUUCUGUUGAUGGUUUUUAUAAGACUGAAAUAGUUUCAGCAUGACGACAGGUGCCUCAGAGGUCCAAUGUACUGAACUGUUUGGCAAGUCUUGAGUCGUAAUUUAAAAAUAUAUUUGAAAGCCUUUGAUAGGUGAAUAUUGGCCUCUUGGGUCACAACAUAACAGCCAAGAUCUUUUAAAAUAAAACCAGCUGCAGACCUCUGCAAGGUCAUGGACGGAAGGUCUGGAUGUUUCCUUGUGCUGCAGAAAGAUGAAUGCUUUUUUUUUUGUUGUUGUUGUUGGUUUUGUCUUCUUGUUUUUUCUGUGGGAGCUAGAGGGGCUGUUUGUCGUGCCACUGGAUACAGAUGAUGACCUACUUGAAAGUCACGUUUAUGUGGUCAGCAAAAAUGUCAACAUUGAAAAAUAUUUCUUGCACACAGUAAUUAAUGGUACAUGGGAUUUGUAAUUUCAGUAUGUAUGAUUGUAUUUGUUUUUGUAACUAAUAAAAAUGGUCUCAAAAAAGACACCAAAUAUUUAAAAAAGGACUCAUUACCUGUUUUGAAAGA